UAUACAUGCCAAGUUUCAUGCCUUCUGCCAGACCGGACUAUAGAUCUGGUUAAGAACUCGUACUAUAUAUCUUUUAAUACUUGUCUAAAUAGCUACGUAUCAUAUCAAUUUCAUCUGUAAACAUGGCAACUACAUAUUCAUAAUAGAGAUAGCAAUGCUUAAAUAAAGAUUCAGUAUAACGUGCACAUUGGGGAAGGCACAAUUGCAAAGUCUUAACCCACGAAAUAUUUAUAAUACCUUCUGAUAAAAUUAUGUACGUCAUACGAAAAGAUUCGUCAUACAAAAUAUAUUGAAAAAAUGAAGAAAUAUUAUUUUCUGUUCGGAGAAGGCAGUAAAGUUAAUCAAAUAAUAUGUGCUGUAUUAAUAAACUUGCCCGUGUUCGUGUACGGAGCCAGCAUCGGGUGGAUAUCGCCGAUGACUCUACUGCUGCAGUCGAAGGAUUCUCCCACUGGCAGGCCGCUCACCGAUACCGAAAUUUCGUGGAUAGCAGCGCUACCGUACUUGAUGAGCAUACCAGCUAACUACCUGAUGGCGUUCAUGGGUGAUUGCAUAGGGAGGAAACUGACGCUGAUCUUCAUGUCUAUUAUGGGUGGUGUCUGCUGGAUAAUAAAGCUGAGUUCGCUGAGCAUGUGGGCGUUCAUCCUCGCCCGUGCAGCCAUAGGAGUGAGCUGCGCGGGUGCGUACGUCACCUGCCCACUCUACACCAAGGAAAUCAGCCAGGACACCAUCCGUGGCUUCUUGGGAACACUAGUGAUCCUAUUCCACACAUCAGGGAACCUAUUCCUCUACAUAAUAGGAGACAUUUUGAGUUACAACACUGUCCUUUGGGUCUGCCUGUCACUGCCCACGAUACAUUUGGCACUGUUCUUAAUGAUGCCCGAGUCACCUUCCUACCUUAUGCGGACUGGUAAAGAGGAGGAAGCUAAAAGAGUCCUCGGAUGGUUACGCUGCCGCAGCGCUGAUGACGUGUUCGUCCGUCGCGAGCUCCAGGUCAUCAAGGAUGAACAGACGAAGGACGAGAGCAGCAGCAAUUUCAUACUUAAAGCUGUUUUGUCCGACAAGAUUCUGUUCCGAGCGUUCCGCAUAGCGGUGGUGGUGUCGCUCGCCCGUGAGGUGUGCGGCUCCGUGCCAGUUCUGAACUUCGCGGGUGAUAUCUUCAGUAUGGCGGCGGGCUCGGGGCUCGUGCUGACGCCCAACCAGCAGGCUAUGGCGCUGGGCGCUGUGCAGGUCGCUGGCUCCGCGCUGGCCUCCAUCAUUGUGGAGAAGGCUGGGAGAAAGCCACUCCUCUUCUCGACUUCACUAGUGUCAGGUCUAAGCAUGGGCGGUCUGGCGACCUUCUUCCUAGUGAGAAGCCUCGGAAUCUCCGCGCCGAGCUGGCUGCCGAUAUUCACCUUGUGCCUUUGCAUUUUCUGCGACGCUGCGGGCUUGCAGCCUGUGUCGGUUAUACUUACCAGUGAAAUAUUUUCUUUCAAGUACCGAGGAACAGUGAUGGCUACAACAAUGUCGAUGACGUCACUUUCGGACUUCUUCCAAAUGUUAUUCUUCAAGCCCCUGGCCACCACGGUGGGCGCGCACGUGGCGUUCUAUUUCUUCAGCCUGGUCUGCCUACUCGCUGCUUUGUAUGUUAUCCUGGUCGUUCCGGAGACCAAAACGCGAAGCUUGAGCGAGAUUUAUUUGGAUCUCAGGACAAAGAAAGAGAAGGCAUUAGAUGAAUCGGUCAAUUUGGAUAAAUUGGAAGCCUGAAAUAAUUAUAAACUUACUUUUUUUUAACAAUUAAUUGAACGAUAAGAUAACCAACUUUUUAGGGUUCCGUAGUUAACUAGGAACCCUUAUAGUUUCGCCAUGUCUGUCUGUUUGUCCGUCUGUCCGUCCGUCCGUCCGUCCGCGGAUAAUCUCAGUAACC